CACAGGCAUCGGGACAGAAAGUCCAGUGACGUGGCUCGCGAGGAUCGCCUGACUGUGGACAAACAGAGGGAUUAAUAGGUUUGAUUUUAGAUCUGUCUUUACUGUUCGGCUGGUCUCAGAGUAUUUGUGCGGUUACUGCUACAUUAAAACAGACGAGGUUGGUAUGUUCUAAGAUGUCAAACAACGAAAGCCCAGUAAAUGACCCAGCGGAAAAAGUAGAGGGUCAAGUCCCCAAAGCACCAUCACAGGGUGAUUCCUCUGCUGACUCUCAGAGCGACAGCUCCACAGAUGUAGUCCCUACCCGCAAAACAAGGAGGAGACCAGAGAACAAACCUAAACCUAAAGAAACUCCAGAGACACCCACCCCAGAAGAAGAUGCAGCAAAGGCCUCUAUGCAGACGACUGUUUCACAAGGUGGCUGGGGUUCCUGGGGGAGCUGGGGAAAGUCCAUUCUAUCUACUGCCACAGCAACUGUGGCCACAGUAGGCCAAGGAUUGUCUCAGGUCAUCGAGAAGGCUGAGACAUCAUUAGGAAUCCCCAGCCCCCAGGAGCUCUCUGCUCAAGUGGAGCAGGAAGAGAAAACAGAUGCUCCAUCCAGCGGGGAAGCAGAAAAGGCAGAGGAAGAGGGAUACACAAUGGGAAUGCUGUCCUCCAGCAGUAUGGGGAUGCUCUCGUCCAUCUCCAGUAUGGUUCAGAAUACGGGUAAAACUGUAAUAAGUGGUGGUCUGGAUGCUUUAGAGUUUAUUGGAAAGAAGACGAUGGAUGUGAUAGCUGAGGGAGACCCUGGCUUCAAAAAAACUAAAGGACUGAUGAACAGAACCUCCACACUCUCACAGGUUUUAAGGGAGGCAAAGGAACGAGAGGAACAGCAGAAGACUGAGAAUGUUACCUCGGAAACACAGAAGGUGGCUCAUUAUGGGAUGUUGUUCGAUGAGUUCCAGGGCCUGUCCCACCUGGAGGCUCUGGAGAUCCUGUCCAAAGAGAGUGAAGCAAAGGUGAAGUCUGUGCUUCUCACUCUGUCUGGUGAUGAGUUGGUCCAGCUGAGAGAGGAGCUGGAGCAGAUCAAAGAGUCCUUCUCCCUCAUGGAGUUUGAUGAUGAGGAGGUGGAUGAUGCAAAAGAGGAUGAUGGUGAAAACUUUCAAAAGGAACUGACAGAAGCUCUAGAGAAGCUCCACAUAUCGUCAACAGCUGAGAAGCUUUGCAAGGCCAGGAAGAACGCAUUCAGCCGCGUCAUAGACAUGAAGCUGCUAACUGAAACCAAUAAAGAGGAAGAUGAGGGCAAUGAGCAGGAGGAAGCAGAGACCAAAUGCACAGUGGAGGCUGCUCACUCAUCUGCUAUCACAAGCCUGGCUGAGCUCACAGCCAGAUCCAUCGAGCAGUUCCACAAGGUGGCAGAGAUGCUGCUUCACUCCAACACUGUAGAGGUCACUGCCCUGGAACAAGCCAAAGUCCUUUCACAAAUCACAAUUGUUCUCUGCAAGGAAAUAUCACUACUAUCCAAAAAGUUCACAGCUUGUUUAACUACAAUUGGGUCAAAUGAAAAGGGAGAAGUCCUUAAUCCACUAAUCACUGGAGUUUUCCUGGAGGCUUCCAACAGUGCAUCAUAUAUCCAGGAUGCUUUCCAGCUCUUAAUGCCAGUACUAGACGUGUCUCACAUUCAGAGGACAGUUGACUCAGGCCACCACUAACCGCUCAGUACUCUUUACUGUGCCAUGAAGGGAUCCGAACAACAGUCAAGGACAACAAGGAUAAACUGCUGCAGUAUUUUGAUUGGAAUCAAAAAUGUUUAGUGAUGUGUAUGGAGCUCAAGUAAAUACAGCAAAUACUUUUGAUGUACUGUAUGUAAUAGUUCAGAAUUGGCUUUUUAUUGUUAACUCUGCCAAUGAAGUGUUAUUGAGGAUUUUAUAUAAUUUUGAAAAUGUAAGUUAUGUAAAGCUGUUGUGCAUAAAAGGGCAUAUAUAUUUUCUCUUAUGCAGAUUUUGACCACUUAUAAGCUUUACACAGCAUCACUUAACACUUUGGUAACUUGUUUUUGAUGUUGCGCAAACAAAUAGAAUUGCAUUCAUAAAGUACAUCAUAACAGUGUUGGUUUGACCUUCACUCCUAAAGGAAAAACGCUGCCACAAAGCGUUCUUUGUUUGAUGCCAUAGAAGGACCACUGUUGGUUCCUUAAAGGACAUAUUAAUAAAUGACUCUUUGGAGAACCAUUUUUGUUAAUGAGAUGUGUUCUUUAAUGUUUCAAAGAAACUCCACAUAAUGUAAAGGUUUUUUAAACUUUUAAAAGUGGCUCUUCUGUGGUGGUGGUGAUCAAACUGUUCCUCAGGGACCCACAGGUUGUCCACCAUUUUACUCUGCCCCUGUACGUUGUGGGUUGGGUUGAGCAAAAAUGUGAACCAUCUGGCGGUCCGAGGACCAGUUUGAGAACCAGUUCUAUGGUAUCACUCUGAAAACCAUUUGUGGCACUUUAUAAUGGCCGAGCAUUAAUAUGAUUGCAUCUGAGAAUUGCUUAAAGUUUUUAAGGAAUAUAAAGUAUACCUCUUCCUUUAGCUCUGCCUGAAUACUAAAUAUUAUUGAUGUAUAUUGUAAUCUAAGGAUAAGACGGUUUAGGUUCUAUACUGUUUGGUUGUUUCAUCAAAGAGACUCGGUUACAGUAGUUUUUGAAUAUGUUAGUAAUUUUGACAGAAAGUGACUAAUUUUGUUUGAUGUUAAUUGAACAUGAACCCAUAAAAGUAAAGGUAGGUUAAAUGCAAGACAGACAACUGUUGAGUCUGUAUGUGUGUGUAGUAUAAGGAGUACCUCCCAUCGGGUGAUGCAUAUGAAAUGGACUGUCCUUGACAUGACACGAUCCUCUUUUACCAAAUGAUGCUGCUUUGCUUAAUUCUCACGACUUCUGUUUUUAAAGAAUUUUAAUGCUUACAUUUAUAUGUAUAUACAGUUUUAUUCCUCUAGCCCAGUGGUUACCAACCCUCCUGGAGAUCUGCCUCCUAGCAAUGAGUUCCAGAGUUUGAACAUGCUGAUCCAGCCAAGUUAAUUAGCUGGAGCAGGUUGGGUGUUUAGAACUCAAGGUCCAGGACUAGGGCUUGUGACCACUGGUUUAGCCUAACACUCAUUAGACUGAAGAGCUAACUAAAACAGCUAUGAUCAGAAAUAUGUCACAUGAAAUAUGAAUAGUGUCCUCUUUAAAUUAUAUAAAGAGGGCAUGGAGGAAACAUGUAUUGUUAUGUUAGGCAAGUCAGAUUAUAGUUUCGGGUAUACCCCAGUGCUUUCUGAGGAGGCAUGAACAAUAUAAUGUAGUGUAACUCAAGAUACUCAAUUAAAGAAACAUCUACAAAACAA